UCCGCUGCAGCUCCUGCAUUUCGGAUUAAUCAGGAGAGACGUGAGAAAACCACAGCAUAUAAAUGACAGACACUGAGAGCUGCUGAUCUUUGCGUCCUGAGGGGCCCCUGAGCUCACAGCAUUGAGCUGAUUAAUAUGUAAACAAGACCAUUAGUCCACGCAUGUGCUCUUAAUUGCGGGACACUUCUGAGGAGUCUUGUUGCAGAGGCUACACACAAAGAAUGGGCGUGAGUUGUCCCUCGAAAGGGAGCCCAGAGACUCUUGCUUUUUUUGCAUCAGCGAUCUGAGCGCUCAGUUCACAGUCUGGGAGAGACAGCGAGCACACCAGCGGGAUGGAUAGCACAGGAUUUACCACAACAGCUGUCUGAAUACUCUCCAAAAAUCAACUAAGACGCACAGGAGGGAGGGGAGUCUCAGCCGGAGAGAGUCUAAGUGCGUCUGUGUGUCAGUUUGAGAGAGUGAGAGAGCAUCACAGAUAGGGUAAGAGAGAAGGAACUAAGUGUGGACCAGGUGAUCGAGUACUAACAAACCUCCAAGGGGCUGCUGGGUUGUAUCAGUGUGCGCGGGAUCAGCGAUCCAACCAUGGUGCCAGCGCGCUGCCCGGGACCCUGUGCCACACUGGCACUGGCCCUCCUCUUGGGAUGCGGCGUGGCUUUCUGCCUCGGCCAGAACGACACGGAGCCCAUCGUUCUCGAAGGGAAGUGUCUUGUGGUGUGCGACUCGAACCCUUCUUCGGAUGGAGCAGUCACCUCCUCACUUGGCAUAUCAGUCCGCUCCGCUGGGGCAAAGGUGGCUUUUUCCGCCGUACGUGGAACCAACCACGAGCCGUCAGAGAUGAGCAACACGUCUAUGACCAUCUACUUUGACCAGGUUUUAGUGAACAUCGGCAACCAUUUCGAUCUCAAAGCAAGUGUUUUCCAGGCACCAAGAAGGGGGAUAUAUAGUUUCAGCUUUCACGUGGUCAAAGUCUACAACAGACAAACCAUACAGGUGAACCUGAUGCAGAAUGAUUAUCCGGUUAUAUCAGCAUUCGCCGGUGACCAGGACGUUACGAGGGAGGCUGCCAGCAACGGAGUACUGCUGAUGGUUGAACGGGAGGACCGUGUCUAUCUGAAGCUGGAACGGGGCACCCUAAUGGGCGGAUGGAAAUACUCCACCUUCUCAGGCUUUCUAGUGUUUCCUCUAUAAUCUAAUCGGCGAUGAUCCACGUCGCACGGGACCCUGCUUAUGUUGAGGAACAAAAAAAAAAAAAAAACACAUGCCAUUUAUUUUUAACUUAAAUAACUGUUAGCCAAGGAAGCCGACGAAUAUCUGUAUACCUACACUCGUCCACUAUCUAGUCAAAUAUGAACGUUUCCUUGGAGUUUCAUAUAUUCACAUCCAUCAAUCAACUUUUACGCAAUCUGGAUGAUUAAACGUAUUGACCGGCCAAUGGCGUGUGCUUGUCGGGGACGUGGAUUUUUCCUUACUUGGAAAACAAACUUUGCCGACAGACAAACGGGUGUACGUGGGCAAAAAUGUACAAAGGAGAAGAUGUGGAGUGGAGGAACUGAUGUCCUGGACAGGCCGAGUGUGUUAUGCUCUAUUUUAUGUUUGUAUAGCCUUAAAGAAUAUAUGGUUUCCGUCCAAGUGAAGUAUAUGGAAUUAUGGACAACCAGAGAAGAAGUGCUUUCACGCCCAAGGCAUUUUUUUGCACGAAUGGAAGUUUUUUUUUCUCUUUUUUAUGUUUUGUGCUGUCAAUGGUGUUGCGUUUGGAUGCUGAACAUAUUGAAAAUAAGCCAAAUGUAGGCCGCCAACGAGUUUAUUAAAAGAGAAAAAAGGCGACAUAUUUCAGCCACCAGAGACGGAGCCCUUUUAUUAAAAAAAACAAAAAAACAAUUAUAUCAUUUAUAAAGUACAUAUUCACAUUAUUGUGUGUUCGGAAUCUGCGUAGCUUUGACUGAUUUAAUGUUCAGUGACGUUGCUCACCAAAUGUACAUUGUGGAAAUAAUAGAAGAAUCCCUAUAUGUCCCGCUUAAUAAAAGAUAUUGUAUUGUA